GGUGCCUCUACAUAUUAUUAAAAUAUACUAUAAUAUACUCUUGAAAUAGUUGAGAUUUCUUAAACUUUCUUGAAUUUUCAUGUUUACGGUUAUUUUAUUCAACUCAACUUCAAGUGUUUUUUUUAUUAAAAAUGUUUCGGCAUAAUAUAGUUAGAGAAUCUUUUAUUCCAGUUGACUUAGAGGAACCACUGACAGGUCAAGCUUGUACAGAGAUGGUUAUUGAAAUUAUAAAGUACAUAAUGUACCAAAAGCAACAAAUUCCGUUAUCUUGUGAUUCCUUGAUGAAGCUUCAUGCCAACUCCAAGCCUACAGACAGGAACUUUUCAUUAAUGCAAAAUUUAGUUAGUUCAAUGUACAAUGUAUCCAGUCACCUAUCUUCACAAUUUAACAUUGAAGACUGUACUGUUAAAGAAAUUCUUAUUGUUAUUGGGGCUACUAUUGUUUCCCCAAAAAUUAGCAUCAGACUAGAACUACCAGACAGUAUUUUGAACAGUAAGAUGCAUCUAAGACAUCAGCACUCUGUUCGUAAGGCAUUAUUAAGCGUAAUGAAAUCUUUUUGUGAAUGUAGUGAAUUUCAAGAUGAACUAGCUAUUCCACUAGAACCUACUAAUACAUUUAUAUUGGUCAACAAGAAAGAUCCUUAUAAAAUUUCUGAAUUUUUUGUACCUAAACCACAAUUUGAUUUAUCUACUCAGAAAACUGCAUCGUUUCACAUAAAAUUCAACUAUAUUAAAAAUAAUCAGUUGAAUUGUAAUUGUGAUAGACUUGUACAUAUUUAUCAUGAUUCGGAUGAGAACAAUAUUGUAGAAAAAUUAAAAAAAUGUGACUCUAAUGUUUCUUACCAAUGGUAUCAGUCAAGAGAAAUUUUUAAAGGAUUCAAAUUUUUAAGAUAAUAAUAAAUAGUAAUUAAUAGUAAUUGAUUAUGUAGAAAGCUCUAGUACAAGUUAGAUUUAUCAUGUGAAAAGGUAGUUCAGAAGAUUUAUACAAUUAACUAUAACAUAAUUUAGUGUAAUAUACUUUUGUAAAAAGUACUUAAUUAUUUUAAGCAGAAAAUUAGUAAUUAUAAGAUUUAGAAUACAAAGACAGAUUUUCUUUAUGAAAAUACUUUACUUUUCUAUAAUUAAAUUAUUUUGUGAUUAUAAACAAAUCAUGACAGCAUCAAAAGAUCGCAAUUCCUUGUUAAUUAUAAAGCAUUUUAUUAUAGCUAUGACAUGUGACCAGAUGGAAGUCGCUUCUUUUGAUUUAGAUUAGUUGUAAUUACAAUGAUUAUGUUUAGCCAAUAUUCAUUCCGCUUAAGAUCUGCAUAAAAUUUCAAGUUGCUGACAAUGUUGGGCACAAAACCUAUUUUUUUAACUAUUCGAUAAUCGGCUUGGCGAUAUUACUGGCAAGUUAUUGGAACAGAAAUUUAAGACGAGUAUGAUUAUAUUUUUGUUGAAAUAUCACAGAAAAAUCGAGAGCAUCAUGAAGUGUAGCGAUGGACGAUGUUGCGAAAAAAGCAGUUAAUAACAUCAAUUACACUAUUAUUAACAGGAAGCUUUCCCGAAGUUAACAUUUAAGAAGUUCCAUUUUGCAAACAUAUUAAACUUUUUGUGGCAUCUUUGUAAUUUGACUGUUUGUAGUUGAAAAGUAACGCAAAAAAAUAUUUUUGUAUAUACAAUCGCAGUUGAGAUCAAUUCACAACAAACCCGAUGGUGGUUUAGAAUGCUGUAAGAAGAGAGAGUAUAGAGAUAUCAUGGGUCUGAACCUCCCGCUGCACUACACUAAGGUUCGCAUAAAGUCGUUGUGGAUGAAUGCACUUUAUUUUAUUUGCCGUAAAAAGAUCUUUACUACUCUUAAAAACGACAGCCUCAGUGUCUACCUUGGCAGUUAUAACUCGGUCGUCUUGGAAUUCUUCAACUCUGUUACCGCCGGUCCUGUUCACAUGAUACAUCGUUUGAUCUAUGCUUUCCGAAAGCAAUUUCUUUCUGCUGACAACGAAGCUGCCAAACCUAUGCAAUUCUUAUAUUGCCAAGAUCCAGAGCUUUAACAUACAAAUAUGAAAAGUAAAGCCGACAAAUCCGCGUAACUUGUUGACACCAACGAAUAUAGUAAGCGUCUAUAUUCGCUAUUGACACUGACUGACUAACAAUUGAAUUGAAUGAAAUCCAACGUGUAUUAUGGUCGAAAUAACAUUUGUAC